AGAAGGGAGAGGGCUCUGGCACCCACCCUACCUACAGUGGGAACCAGCAUUAUGAUGGGCAGCUACUGCCAGGGGCUCCUCUAAUACCAAUAAUGAAUAGCAACAGUAGUAAAAGGAGCUGGUGAGCUUGAAAGCAGAGUCCAGGCUGCGGAGGGAGAGUGGGCAGGAGCAGCAUGAGUAACAGACAUGAGAAGAGAGGAGGCAAUGUGACCUCUGCAGAUACACAAAUUACUCAGCUCCUUCUGGCUGCAUCAAAGAUUUUCUGACUCACCAGCCUGGGGAUUUAACCCCUGGAUCCCGGGAUGCAGGGGAAACGGCUGCUCCAGCUCCUCGCCACUCCGGGAGCGUGGCCGGGGGCUGCCAAGCAUCCCCCAUCCUCUUCGAGGGAAACAUCUGGACCAUGAAGGUGGCCUUCAGAUUGCUUCUCCCACUUGUUCUUGUGCUGGUCUCGGAGGUGAGCGGGCAGCGGAGGAAACCCCCCCGGAAACCCACCCGCCCGCCCCCCGAGUUUGUUGAGCCCGUGGAGCCCACAGAGCUGCCCCCACCGCUGCCCCCGGGACCCCCUUCCAUCUUCCCUGACUGCCCCCGGGAAUGCUACUGCCCCCCGGACUUCCCCUCUGCCCUGUACUGCGACAGCCGCAACCUGCGCAAGGUCCCCAUCAUCCCGCCCCGCAUCCAUUACCUCUACCUCCAGAACAACUUCAUCGACGACCUCCCAGAGGAGUCCUUCAGGAAUGCCACGGGGCUGAAAUGGGUCAACCUGGACAACAAUCGCAUCCGGAAGGUGGACAGGCGGGUGCUGGAGAAGCUGGAAAACCUCAUCUUCCUCUACAUGGAGAAGAACCAGCUCAAGGAGGUGCCUGCUUUCCUGCCGCCCAACCUGGAGCAGCUGCGUCUGAGCAGGAACCAGAUCUCCAAGAUCCCUGCUGGGGUCUUCAACAAGCUGGAGAACCUGGUGCUCUUGGAUCUGCACCACAACAAGCUAAGCGAUGGGGUCUUCAACAAGAACACCUUCAAAGGACUCAAGAACCUCAUGCAACUCAACCUUGCCCACAACAUCCUGAGGAAAAUGCCUCCCGGGGUUCCCAGUGCCAUCCACCAGCUCUUCCUGGACAGGAACAACAUCGAGGACAUCCCCAGUGACUACUUCAAGGAGUUCCCCAACCUGGCAUUCAUCCGGCUCAACUACAACCAGAUCUCCGACAAGGGGCUCCCCAAGAACUCCUUCAACCUCACCAACCUGCUGGUGUUGCACUUGGCCCACAACAAGCUCACCAACGUCCCUUUCAUCAGCCCCAAGCUGGAGCACCUCUACCUGAACAACAACUCCAUCGACAAAAUCAAUGGGACGCAGAUCUGCCCCACCUCGCUGAUGUCCAUCCAGGACUUCUCCCCCUCCGACCUGGACAGUGUGCCCCGGCUCCGGUACCUGCGCCUGGACGGGAACCUCCUGAAGCCCCCCAUCCCCUUGGACCUGAUGAUGUGCUUCCGCCUCCUGCAGUCCGUGGUGUUCUAGCCCUGCCCGGCAGCGCGGCUCUCCCAGGACUUGGCUUUGCACAGAGACUGAACCCACAUCCAUGUCUGAGACGUGGGACCCUCUUUGCCUCCCUCUCCUUCUGCUCACAUCCCUCCUCCAUCCCUCCUCCUUUCCCCU